AUGGGAAGUCUCGGGCGCUUGUCCCUCCGGGUCUGCUGGGCACACCUGCGGCGCUCGGAGCCCGGGCAGGGGCGGUGUCCCCGCGGACUCGGCUGGCUUCUGCUGGGCACGUUGCCCCGGCUCGUCUCCGCCUGCGGGGACGUCAGCGAGCGAGUUCCCGAGAGCCUGUGCCCGCGAAGGGCCCGCUGGAGCGGCCCGGGCGAACAGGGCCGGGUGGAGAAGGUCCGCCAGGAGGGGCGAGGCCUCUUGUGCCACGUGCGGCUCUGGCUGCGGGCUGGGGGGCUCCUGGCCAAGUUCCUGCCGCUGCUGUUGCUCUACCCGCUCACCUACCUGGCCCCGGCUGUCGCCACUCUCUGGCUCAACCUGCUCCUGAAAGCCACGGAGACCUCAGGCCCCACCUACAUCAAGCUGGGCCAGUGGGCCAGCACCAGGCGGGACCUGUUCUCGGAGGCCUUCUGUGCCGUCUUCUCCAAGCUGCAUGUCCGCGUGAGGCCCCACGCCUGGGCUCACACGCAGCGCUCCCUCCAGCAGGCCUUUGGGGAGGCCUGGAGCCAGGUCCUUUCCUUCGAGAGUCUGGAGCCUGUGGGCUCGGGCUGCAUAGCCCAGGUGUACAAGGCCCACGCCAAGGCUGCCUUCCUGGGGGAGGACCCUCUCCGGACCGUGGUCCCCGCCUCCAGCCUCUGGCCCUCUUUGGGUGCCUGGGCCCUCAGGGGGCUAGGAGAACUCUUUGGACGCCCUGGGAAAGGCCAGGAGCUGGAAGGAAGUCUUGCAGACCAGUCGUUUCUAGAAAACCUACUGCUCCCCAAAGCCAACAUGGUGGGAGUGAGCACGGCAUCUCCUGCCCAGCGGCCUGAGCCAGGUCAUCGCAUCCCAGUGGCUGUGAAAGUGCUGCACCCUGGCCUGCUCACCCAGGUGCAGAUGGACCUGCUGCUCAUGAAGAUGGGCAGCCGAGCCCUCGGGCUUCUGCCGGGAGUCAAAUGGCUCAGCUUGCCUGAGGUUGUGGACGAGUUUGAGAAGCUCAUGGUGCAACAGAUCGACCUGCGUUACGAGGCGCAGAAUCUGGAACACUUCCAGCGGAACUUCCAGAAUGUGAAGGCCGUCAGGUUCCCCACCCCUCUGCGCCCCUUCAUCUCCAGGGAUGUCUUGGUGGAGACGUACGAAGAGAGCGUGCCCGUGUCCUGCUACCAGCAGGCGGACGUGCCCCUGGAGCUAAAGCAGCAGAUAGCACGGCUGGGGAUCCGCACGCUCCUGAAGAUGAUAUUUGUGGACAACUUUGUCCACGCGGACCUCCACCCUGGGAACAUCCUGGUGCAAGGCGCCGGCGGGCUGGCCAGGGGCCUGGAGUCUCGGCUGCAGCAGGGGGACCUCUGCGCCUGGGGGGCGGCGGCUGCUCCUGGCGCGCCUCGGCCCCUGCGGCUGGUGCUGCUGGACGCGGGCAUCGUGGCAGAGCUGCAGGCCGGUGACCUGAGCAACUUCCGGGCUGUCUUCCUGGCCGUGCUGCUGGGGCAGGGCCAGAGAGUGGCUGAGCUCAUCCUGCAACACGCCCGGGCCAGCAACUGCAGGGAUGUGGAGGCCUUUAAGGCUGAGAUGGCCACGCUGGUGGACCGGGCCAGGAGGGACACCGUCACUCUGGAGAAGGUUCAAGUUUCCAGCCUUCUUUCCAGCGUCUUCAAGUUACUGAUGACACACCAGGUGAAACUUGAGAGUAACUUUGCCUCGAUUGUGUUCGCGACCAUGGUGCUGGAGGGGCUCGGCCGCUCCCUGGACCCCAAGCUGGAUAUACUAGAGGCAGCGAGGCCCUUUCUCCUUGGGGGACCAGUGUCCUUCCCCUGA